AUGGCGUCAGUCUAUCGCGACCGCGACUACGAUAGCAGAACCGUUAUAUCAUCUCGAGGAAGAGACGACCGUGAUCGUGAUCGUGGCAAUGUGACCGUCAAGCGAUACAUCGUCAAAGACGACGACACUCGAUCAUCCUACGGAAGAAGCAGCUUUGUGCCUGAGAGAGCAGGCGAACGGGUGGAAGAGACCCGCAUCAUCCGCCGUGAAGAGAUCGAUGAGCCGCGAAGAGAGCCGAGGCGCGACGACACUCGCUACUCGACCGAAGAACUGGUCAUAAAGAGAGAGCACGACGAUGUGCGACGCGACCGAGACGACUAUCGGCGCCCCGUCGAGCGCAGUUCCGACCAAGAAAUUGUCAUCAGGCGCACAGAGAGCGAUGACCAUCGUGGUGAUCUGCAAGUCAGCCGCAUUGGUGACGACCGGCGAGACCUAGCUACAGAGACUUUCAUCAAGCAAGAUCCCGUCAUUAUCCGUGAACGCUACAGAGAUGAUGACUACGAUGUGCGCCGACGAGAGAUAGACGAGGAGAAAUCCAUCGUCCGAAGAAAAGAGCCGCCCAAGGAGGAAGAGUACUUCUAUGAGAAGAAGAUCCGUGAGCGCAUUGACGAUCGUUCGCGUUCCCGCUCACGCGACCGUGACGACUGGCGUGACAAGAGAGUCAUGAGGCGAGAUAUCAGUCCCCAUGACUCAGUCUCCCAAGUCGGAGGCCGUCGCAGCCACCGUGACCGCGAUUACAGCAGCGAUGACAGCAUGGUCUACGUCAAACGUACCAGGGAAGUCGACGUUAGCCGCAGUCCAAGCCCUGAUCGCAGAAAGAAUCUGGCUGCUGGCGCAAUUGCCGGCAUUGGUGCUGCAGAACUCCUUCGCAACCACAAGAAAAAGGAAGACCGUGCAGUCUCCCACGGUGCAGGCCGUCUUGGACGUGACGUUGGCGCCGGCUUAGUCGGUGCUGUCGCUGCAGAAGGCAUCAGCCGUGCUCGCUCAGCGUACAGAAGUCGGAGUCGCCGUCGUCGGUCUCGAUCCCGCUCAAGCUCCUCUGACGACAGACGAAGCCGCAGACAGAGCCGGAGCAGGAGCCGUAGCCGAUCGCAGUCGAGAUCUCGACUCAAGAAUCUCGGACUCCUGGGUCUCGGUGCCGCUGGUCUUGCUGCAGCUGCAGUGGUGGCCACAAAGAAGAUGAAGCAGAACAACGAAGACAAGGCUGAUGAGAAUCGUGGUCGCAGUCAGUCGCGUGUGCGAACUGAUCGAGUCGAGACAAUCGAAGAGCUCGCCAAUGAUCCGACAGCCGAAGACGCCCGCAAUCCCAAACAUCGCAACAAGCGCAUGGCUGAAGCAGGUGUUGCAGGCGCAGCUCUGACGGCCUUGAUCGACCGUGCUCGUAGCAAGUCUCGUGGGCGCGAUCGCUCUCGAUCUCGGGUCAGGCAGGCAGCUCCGGUUGUUGCUGCAGGCCUGGGCAGUGCUGCUCUUGCUGGCUUGUAUGAGCGCAACAAGGCUAAGAAGGAAGCUGAAGUCAUUCGCAAAGAGGAAAAAGGACGCUGCUUCAGUGACCCAAACCUCAUCGAAUAUGGCGACGGUCCGAUGCACGGCAACAACUACGGACCUGAUUACUAUGGUCGCAACCUACCUCAAGAGAAUUUCUAUGCCAAUCAGACCGCUGUCGUGCCGGCGCCAGGUCAAUCUCCGGGUGCUCCAGCACAAUACGCUCAGCGGGAUCUAAGUCCUGAAUACAGCAAUAGACGCAGCAGAUCUCGAAGCAGAAGUACUUCACCCGGCGAUCGUCGGCGCAGCAGUCGGCGCCGUGCUGCUGAUGCGGCUGCAGCUGCGGGUGGAGGUGCCGCCGCAGCAUCGGCAUACGAAAGAAGCAAGGCAGAGAAGAGAGCCAGAAAAGAAGCGAAGAGACGUGAACGUGAAGGCUACGCAGACCAAUAUGAAGAUCCCUACAACGCCCCACAGCAAGGCUAUCAGCCUCCGGUCGACCCAUAUGCCCCAAAUGCUCAGCAGCCUUAUUAUCAGCAGCCGGGAGCGUUCCCGCCUCCGCCUGGCGCUGAGCAGUACGCCCAACCAGGCGCGUUCCCACCUCCUCCUCCUGGUGGUCCUCCCAUGCCGCCACCUCCUGGCGCACCUGGCUACGAGCCUUACGCUUAUGGUGCGAACCCAAAUGCGCCGACUCGAGGGGCAGACAAUGUGAGUGUGCCAUUGCAGAAUUCCAUCCCAGAUGGUGUAAACACUUCUCGUAGCAUGAACGACACCAUACCUCCUCCGCCUCCCGGCCCGCCACCUGCAGGACCUCCCAUCAUCAACGUCGAUCCUCCAGCAGCUGGCUACAUUCCUCCCACAGAAAUCUACAACUCUCCAACCGUUGACCGUAACCUCGACGCAUCGCUGCCAGCAGAAAGCAGCAGUCGUCCACGUGCAGUGUCCCAACCUCCGCCCACUAAUGGCCACCGCAAGUCCGUCCAAUUCGCCGCCAAGGAUGACAUCCAAGGCAUUCCGUCCUCCGAUGCUUCGAUCCCAGAUCACGACGGCCACCAUCAUCGGCGGCGACGAAAGGACCGUGGCUACGAAGCAGGCGAGGACACUGACACGCCUACUGACGAAGCCUCUCGUCGCGGUGCCGCAGCAGGCGGGGCAGCGGCAGCGGCGAACCUCGAUCCGGUCGAGGACUACGCCUCCAAACGCCGACAUCAUCGCCGUCGCCGCAGCCAUGAUCCCUCCUCUGGCUCGUCGUCGUCUCGUCGGGAGCGCGACCGUGACCCGGCCUCCGACCCCAAAGGCAAGACUGCCGAGCGGAGCAACACUGGCGACGGAAACGAUAGCGAUGCUACAGUAGACCUACCGGCUCGCUUCGACGAAAAGGGCCAGAAGAAGGCGGAGAGAGGUGAAGAUCCACUUGCGGACAAGUUUGAGGAUAUCAUCAGUGGGAAGGGUGCAGCGGGCAAGGUUUUCGGGAAUUUCAUGGACGGGCUGUUUGGGCCGGAGGGGAGGAAGCGGCGGUAG